AUGAAUCUGAUGAUAAAGACCACAAUCAGAGCUUAUGUUGGAUCCAACUGCAGGAAGUUGGUCUGUUACCUUUCACUCAUCCGCUUUGCACAGAGAAUGGCUCCUCAUCAGAGCACCCGUGAUUCACCUGUCUUACUCCUGUACGGCAGGGACCUUAACAUGUCAUUGGACCUGUGGAUGAAACCUGAAUUGGAACCUGCUCCAGAGACUGUGGACGUCUACAAGUCUGAGCUGUUUGCAGCUCUGCGGGAUGCAUACGAUCACGUGCACCACUCAUUGGCAGCCAGUCAUGAAACACAGAAAUGUCUCUAUGACAAGAAAUGGAUACAGAUUACAUUCAAGAUUGGAGACCUGGGUCAACAGCACAACACAUUGGUUGCGAUUGGUUUAUGUUUUUUAGACUUCUUUCCUUUUAUUUCCCCUCAGUCUCUGGCUAAUAUUGAUGAUGUGGUAAACAAGAUUCGUCUGAAGAUUCGGCGUCUGGACGACAAUAUCAGGACGGUGGUGAGAGGCCAGACCAAUGUGGGCCAGGAUGGUAGACAGGCAUUGGAGGAGGCCCAGAUAGCCAUCCAACAGCUCUUUGGCAAAAUCAAAGACAUCAAGGACAAGGCAGAGAAGUCUGAACAAAUGGUGAAGGAGAUUACAAGGGACAUCAAGCAGUUGGACCAUGCCAAGCGCCACCUAACUACAUCCAUCACCACCCUCAACCACCUGCAUAUGUUGGCAGGAGGUGUGGACUCUUUAGAAGCCAUGACUAGAAGGAGGCAAUAUGGUGAGGUGGCCAACUUGCUGCAGGGAGUGGUCAAUGUGCUUGAACAUUUCCACAAGUACAUGGGCAUUCCCCAGAUCAGACAGCUUUCUGAGAGAGUAAAGGCAGCACAGAGCGAGUUGGGGACUCAGAUCCUGGCAGAUUUUGAAGAAUCCUUCCCCUCUCAGGGCUCCAAGAGACCAGGUGGUCCUAGUAAUGUGCUUAGAGAUGCCUGCCUGGUGGCAAAUGUGCUGGACCCACGCAUUAAACAGGAGAUCAUCAAAAAGUUCAUCAGGCAGCACCUCUCAGAGUACCUGGUGCUCUUCCAGGAAAAUCAAGAUGUUGCAUGGCUGGACAAGAUCGAUCGCCGCUAUGCCUGGAUCAAGCGGCAACUGGUAGACUACGAGGAGAAAUAUGGACGCAUGUUUCCUGAAGAAUGGUGCAUGACAGAGCGUAUUGCCGUGGAUUUCUGCCACAUCACCAGAGUGGAGCUAGCCAAAGUGAUGCGAACAAGGGCUAAGGAGAUUGAGGUGAAACUUCUUCUGUUUGCCAUUCAGAGGACCACAAACUUCGAGGGUUUACUGGCCAAACGCUUCACAGGAUGCACCUUGACUGACACACCUGGACAAAAGAGAUCAGAGAGCCCUCUAGACCCAACUAACCCCUUCCUGGAGGAUGAGCAAGGUGAGGACGUGGGUACAGAGAAGGAUGAGGAUCUGGCCAAGCCCAGGAAGCCCAAAGCUCCGGACAACCCUUUCCAUGGCAUUGUCUCCAAGUGUUUUGAACCUCACCUAUAUGUCUACAUAGAAUCCCAAGACAAAAACCUGGGCGAACUGAUCGACCGGUUUGUGGCUGACUUCCGAGCACAAGGCCCACCCAAGGCGGGCACGGAGGAGGGCGGAGCAGUCCUGCCCAGCUGUGCUGACCUCUUUGUGUAUUACAAGAAGUGUAUGGUGCAGUGCUCCCAGUUGAGCACUGGAGAACCAAUGAUCGCCCUCACAACCAUCUUCCAGAAAUUCCUUAGGGAGUAUGCUUGGAAGAUCCUCUCUGGAAACCUGCCUAAGUCCAGCAGUAACAGUGGGGGUCUUACCAUCAGUAGUCUGCUGAAGGAGAAAGAGGGCUCAGAAGCUGCAAAGUUUACCGUAGACGAGCUCUGUCUGAUCUGUAGCAUCCUUAGCACAGCGGAGUACUGUUUGGCUACCACACAGCAGUUGGAAGAGAAGCUAAAGGAGAAAGUAGAUAAAGUUUUGGUAGAGAGAAUUAAUUUGACUGGGGAGAUGGAUACAUUCAGCACUGUGAUCUCAAACAGUAUCCAGCUGCUCGUUCAAGAUCUUGAUGCUGCCUGUGACCCUGCUCUUACUGCUAUGAGCAAGAUGCCGUGGCAGAGUGUGGAGCAUGUGGGUGACCAGAGUCCCUAUGUGACGUCGAUCAUCAUGCACAUUAAACAAAAUGUGCCAAUCAUCAGAGACAAUCUGGCCUCCACCCGCAAAUACUUCACACAGUUCUGCAUCAAGUUCACAAAUUCUUUCAUUCCCAAAUUCAUCAACCACCUGUUCAGAUGUAAGCCUAUCAGCAUGGUGGGAGCUGAACAACUCCUCCUUGACACCCACUCCCUGAAGACAGUCUUGCUGGAUCUGCCCUCCAUAGGCUCCCAGGUGCUCCGUAAGGCACCUGCCAGCUACACCAAGAUAGUGGUGAAAGGCAUGACCCGUGCAGAGAUGAUACUGAAGGUGGUGAUGGCCCCACAUGAACCACCAGUGGUGUUUGUUGAUAACUACAUCAAGCUCCUGGCGGAUGGCAAUCCCGAGACUUUCCAGAAGAUUCUGGACAUGAAGGGUCUGAAGCGCAGCGAGCAGAGCAGCAUGCUGGAGCUGUUCAGGCAGAGGCUACCCACUCCACCCUCCGGGGCUGAUGGCGGCCCCUCUCUAUCCUUCAGUGCCCCCACUCCUGAGCAGGAAUCUUCCCGCAUCCGUAAACUAGAGAAACUCAUCAAGAAGAGACUGUGAACAGACACACACUGAAAUCACAUCUUGAAAAUUAAAAAGGCUACAUGAUGAGAUCGUCCUUAGCUCUGUGCCGUUGUUCAUCUCAAAGAAUUCAUGCUCCAUUCGGUCGUUGUGGAGAAUUGCAGUAAGAGCAAAAAGCUGACUGAUUUUUCUGAUUGACAUCAAUAUUAACCCAAGUUGACGCUGGAUUAUGAAGAAACUUCUUCAACUGCUAAUAGCUGUUGCUACAUAUGUCAUUUACUUCUGUAAUUUCCCACCUUUCUCUUUCAUGACACUAAUGUCUGAGCUCUGUAACAUUAGUACAUUGUUGCACAGUGUAUUUGCACUCACAAGACAGAAUGUAGUGCUGUUAACUAAAUUCUAUCCACAGAGACACUGGCUGCCCCUCAUGGACAUGUCUUAACCGAGGAUGAUCACAGGCAGCCUGAUCUUAAUUAAAGCUGAUGUUUUCUGUAUAUAAUGUACUUCAAGAAUAACCCACCUGGGUUGAAAUUUGUGCGCAUCUCUGCCAUCCAUUAAACUGGACGUGCGUCAUAGGUGUCGGGAUUUUCAGUCUGAACGGUGACCUAAAACGAAUCACUGACAAGGGUUCCCGAGUCCGGGACAAAGAGGAUCUUUGGAUUUCCUGCCUCUUCAGUGGAACAUUAGGCAAGCUUUGUUUUGACAGUUAAAAUCUGUCCAGAUUAACUUGGAAAUUAGAACCAGCUAACUGAAGUCUUUUAACUUGGGCCUUUGCCUGGAAGGGGCGGAAUAACUGGGUAUAUACUGUCUAAACAUCAGUACAUGUGUAUGGGCAGUCUUAUUGUUUUAAACAGUUCAAAAUAUUCUUUGACAAUUUAAUCCUCUACACUGACAUAAAAGCAAGCAUUUAAACAAAGGUUUAACAAAAAUAUUUUGUUGAAGCAAGAGUGUCCUUUUAUCCCACCAUUGAACUGCACUGUACUUACGGGCCAAAUUACAGACUGCACAGUUUGGAGAAUAUCUUUAGCCGUAAAAAAAAAAUGCACUGUGACACAACCAAAUGGCUUGGUCUCAACACUUUGCCAAGUGCUGUCGGGACUCCGAAGCUGCUCCCCUCACGUAUUACACGUAAUACAGCACAUCACAGCUGGAGGAGAAACAACACUUGCAGGCACGAGUGCCUUUCAGUUUCCCAAGUCCUUGUAGAUGGAUUAGAGGUAAAUGCAUUAGUGUAGACAUCCCCGCCUUCAAGUACGACGUGUUACCUGUUUGUAUUGUCGGAAUUGUAUGCUACACAGGCUAUCGUUGAACGCUAUUAAAAACAUUGCCCCAGAUUUUCCAGUGAGUUUCAUCAAAUGGGUGUACACGGCUUUAUUUUUGCACGUUUUGCACAAUACCAGGAAAGAAUAUCAGUGUAACCAAGGUCCAAUGUUGAAUAAGCGGGUUUGGAAGAGCUCCCGUGACUCGCUGCGUCUCUGGUUGCCACUUAUCCUCCAUCCAAUGGGCAGCCAGUAAAAGCUUUAAAAGGCGUUCCUGUGCUUGUGGACGUGAGACCCCUUCGAGGGUAAAGAAGUUUGAAGGGGAGCCGCGGGCAGCAGGACUCCCUCACAUCGUUUCGCUGCCCAACACAGAAGUAAAUAAACUAUCCCUCAUCUCUUCACACACAACCACCGCGGAGUCGGGCUGUGCUUUUAAUAUAUUCGCAAUGUCAAAGUGAAGGACAGUUUUUAGUGUUCUUGUUUCCAAAGGGGUUUUUUGGGGGUCGGGAGGACAGAAUUACCCCCCCGGUUGAUGGUAUUUCCAGCGGGCAGCCGCGCAUGCUGUCCGGGAAGAAGUCAGCAGUAACACCUUAGGACUUCGCAACAAACAAAAACCACUGGACGAAAAAAAAAAAAAAAA